CAAGUCAGAGUGAUCCCCCUACAUCGUUGCAUAUGGGCAUAUCACACACACCUUCUCAAAUGGACUUUGGACAUCAAUCUGACAAUUUUUUCAGCUCACCUACUGAAAGGACUCUUGAUGAUCAAAGCGUUCAUAUUCCAGAACUGGAAUUAGGUGUCACUCAGAAUCCAUUGAUGAAAAUUUUAGAACCCAUCGACAGCAGUCACAUCCUAAAACUUCCUCCAGAUCCAGAAUGGGGAAAGAAGGAAGUGGAAGACAGUGAAGAGAUUGCUGUGGACUCCCAUCAUGGUGGAGGUGGGAGGGGCCUUGUGUUCCAGGAAAUGGAUGAGGAUAAAGAUGAGGGGCAGAGCCAACAGAAAGGGGAAAUCUCUCGAUCUAGAAGAAGACGAAGCUGGAUCUGGAACCAGUUUUUUGUCAUUGAGGAGUAUGCUGGGCCAGAACCAGUGCUCAUUGGAAGGCUUCACACUGACAUGGACAGAGGUGAUGGACGCACUAAGUACGUGCUGCGGGGUGAGGGGGCGGGGUCAGUUUUCGUGAUUGACGAGAAGACUGGCAACAUCCAUGUUACCAAGCCCUUGGACAGGGAGGAGAAGGACGAAUACCGGCUGAUUGCCACGGCAACAGACAGUCAGACAGAGCGUGCCCUGGAGCCCUCCUCCCAGUUUAUCAUUAGAGUGCAAGAUAUCAACGACAACCCACCUGUGUUUGAGGAUGGGACCUACAGUGCCACAGUACCCGAGAUGGCAAACAUAGGGACCUCUAUCAUCCAGGUGACUGCUUCAGAUGCUGAUGAUCCAACCUAUGGGAACAGUGCUCGGCUAGUGUACACGCUGGUUCAGGGACAGCCACACUUCUCCGUGGACCCCCAGACAGGUAUCCUACGUACCGCAGUUCCUGAUCUGGAUAGAGAAGCACAGGAUCAGUAUCUGGUGGUUCUACAAGCUAAAGACAUGGGCGGCCAUCUGGGUGGUCUGUCAGGAACAACAACAGUUACUGUACGAUUGACAGAUGUCAAUGAUAACCCUCCGCAUUUCACACAAAGUUCCUGGCUAUUCUCUAUAUCAGAGUUGGCCGUGCCAGGGGCGGAGGUGGGCCGGAUCUCAGCAACAGAUGCUGACUUGGGAGACAAUGCCAAGCUGGAGUAUACCAUCCUGGAUGGAGAGUCAGGGGAUAUUUUCAACAUUACUGGAGUGGACCAAGAGGCUGUGAUCAUUCUCAAUAAGGCGGUGGACUAUGAGAGCCGGAGCUCUUACUCUUUCUCAGUGGAGGUUCUGAAUCCAAUUGUGGACCCUCGCUUUCUGCGCCGCGGGCCUUUUAAAGACCGUGCCUCAAUCAGAGUGGCUGUGCUGGAUGCAGAUGAGCCCCCUCGCUUCUCACGAGCACGUUACCGAAUGGAUGUAUCGGAGAACUGCCCGCCGGCAUGCACCAUGGGACGGGUCAGCGCUGUGGACCCAGAUACGGGUCUCACAAACAACAUCAGGUUCUCCAUCGAUCCUCAAUCUGACCCAGAGGCUCUAUUCCACAUCACUCCAGACACUGGGCUUAUCACUACGGCGACUGAGUUGGACCGUGAGCAUGAGCAGUGGCAUAAUAUCACCAUCAUUGCCACACAGAGAGAUAACCCCAGCCAGGUGUCCAGGGUGGUGGUUGCCAUAGAAACACUGGAUUUAAAUGACAAUGCCCCAGAGCUGGACAGGCAGUACAAUACGGCCAUGUGUGACUCCGCCUCCAUCGGACAGGUGGUGCAGGUGUUGCGGGCGAUUGAUAGAGAUGAGGGCGGAAAUGACAGUGCCGUCCAUUUCAACAUCCCGCCGGACUCCAGCGCUGCCCUCAACUUUAGCAUCAGGGAGAGUGGAGGCCCCACUGCUAGUUUGGUGCUGGCAGCACCUUUGCAGACCCUGUCUCGCUUUGCUUCAUCCUCCCUCACUCUCUACGUCCCUCUGGUCCUGAGGGAUAUGACCUCUGGUUUGACCAGCACAGGGACAGUUACUGUGUCUGUGUGUCCCUGUCUGAGAGGGGGAGCCCGGGCUGGAGAGAAAGAGAAACAAAGUGAGGCGGAGUGGGACAGAGAGACGGUUUGUUUGCCUCAGCACUCUUCCUUGCCCUCCCCUGGACUCAGCACUGCUGCUCUACUUGCUAUUUUAGCUUGUGUGGCCACUCUGUUUGCUGUCAGUGCUUUGUCACUCUCCCUGCGCAGGCAGAAAAGGGACUCUCUCUCUCCAUUAGAGGAGGAUGAUGUAAGAGAAAACAUCAUCACGUAUGAUGAUGAAGGAGGGGGCGAGGCCGACACGGCUGCGUUUGACAUCACAGCGCUGCAGAGUGCUCCACACAAUGCACGCAGGGGGUACCGCACACUGGACAGCAGGAACAUACGUUAUUCACAACACAAUCAGAUCAAGGCUCGUACAAAUACCAGCUGGACUCAGGCUGGAGCGCUGGACCCUGGGCAGUACGCCUGUCAAGGGGCCCCUCUGUACGGGCGGCUAUGCUACAGCAGCCAUACCCUCCCAGUGCUACGUCGCUCACAGGGGCCCUACGAGCCUAGCUUUUCCGAGCUGGCUUACCGCUUCCCUGGGAGUCAGCCGGAUCACUCUCUUGUCAUUCAGAACCAGGCAGCCGCGGUGGGGCCUUUGGAGCCCGGGGCCAUUUAUGUGGGGCCAUCAGAGGCCAGUCACAGUUCUAAAGAAGGGACAAUAACUCAGGACAGAGCAACGACAUCUGAUGGAGGUACACCAAGGAGAAAUGACUCAAAGGAGGAUUCAAACUGUGAUGCUCAACAGAGUCAGAAUCAAAGCCAGGAUCUGGACUGGAAGAAUAAACUCAUCCUUACCUCCCGCUCUAACCCUCCUGCUCCUCCCCGUCGCCUACAGGUCCAGUCGGAAACGCCUUCCCGUGAACGAGAGCUGGUGUUGACCCGUUCUGGUUCAGUUGCUGGGCCGGGCCCCACUGGUGGGUGGAUGUGUGACUCCACAACACUUCCCAGAGCAGGGCGGCACCCCUCGCGGGCCAGUCUUUCCCUGAACAGGAGUGGCACUGAGCCAACAGAGUCUAACCACGCUGGGCAGGUGGAUGCUGCCAAUAGCACUAUAGAAGUCCAGAUGCAGUCUGUCAGCGGAAAUUACGCCACCAUUCUGCAGGGGGAGCCGCAGAGAGACUACCCAGGGACUCUGGGUCGGGGAGGGUUGGAGAUGAGGAGUGGUUUUGUGGUGGGGAGGCCAGAGAGAGAGGGGAGCAUUCCAUUGAGUGGGAGUACCUGUGCUGGGAUGGGAUAUCCAGAGGGUGGAGGGUUCAUGGGAGACUGGCAUGAACGGGUGGGUAUAACAGGGUACUCGCUAGGCAGGAGAGAUAUGACUCCCCAGCUGCUUCCAUACCCCGGUCAGGGUCGGGGGGCUUUUGGGGGCAUCCUGGGUUAUGGAGGAGUCUGGCCCUCAGCGCCUGACACAUCUGAAAGGGGGGGGCCCGUAGGAGGAGCGCACUCCCUGGCUCUAAGGGUCGGCGAGUUCCUGCGUCUGCGCCUGGCACAGGUGACCCUUGACCCUUCACAGCCUCCUUACGACUCUGUGCAGGUGUACGGGCUGGAGGGCACUGGGUCGCAUGCGGGGUCCCUUAGCUCCCUGGACAGCGAGGGAGGGAAGGAAGCAGAGAAGGAGGUGUGGGGAGCAGGGCUGGAAGAUUGGGGCCCACAGUUCAAGAAAAUAUCCCAGCUUUUUAGAGAGAGGGAGAAGGAGGGUGGAGAGGAGAAGGAAGGAGAUGGAGAGACAAGCAAAAAGCACAAGGAUAAAGAUUGGGAAGAGAAGGAAGAGUCUGGAGAUGAGGAGCAUGCGAAUGUCUGA